AUGUCUGUUGAGAUUCGCUCAAGGGGUGAUAUUAUGUUAAACAUUGCUUCAAGUGGUAUUGCAUCUUUACUUCUUUCCAAUGGAAGAACGGCACACUCAAGGUUCAAAAUACUGCUGAAUAUAACUGAGAAUUCUGUAUGUAACAUCAAACCUGGUUCUCCUCAAGCAAUGCUGCUGUUGAAAGCCAAACUUAUAAUUUGGGAUAGGGCUCCAAUGGUUAGUAGGUACUGCUAUGAAGUGCUUGAUAAAUGUUUAGGUGAUAUCAUGAGGUUUUCUCCAACAUAUAACAAAGAUUUGCCCUUUGGAAGAAAAGUGGUUGUACUAGGUGGAGACUUUAGACAUUCUUUCUGUCAUUUCACGAGGAUCGAGACAAGAUAUUGUUCAUUCAACCGUGAAUUCAUCUUACCUUUAGAAGUUUUGUCAGGAGAUAUUGUUAUUCCUUAUUCGGACCAGGCAUUUGAUGAGUUGGUUCAUUUUUCUUAUCCAAAUAUUUUUGAUAACAUGUCCACAAAGGAUUUUUUCAAAGCAAGAACUAUACUAGCUCCCACACUGGACAUCGUUGAAGAGGUCAACAACCAUCUGAUGGCUAUCAUUCCUGGAGGAAAAAAAUUAUAUCUUGGUUCGGAUUCGAUUUGUAUGGAUGAAGGGAAUAUGGAGAGUCAACUAGAUCUCUAUGGUCCUGAAUUACUGAAUAGCAUAAAUUGCUCUGGUUUGCCUCCACAUAAAUUAAUACUCAAGUUUAUUGCUGGCUCGUCGCUGACUUGUUGCUCCGUCAUCGUCUCUCACGAUCUCGCACUCUCGCCACUCCGUCUGUCCGGCUGUCUCACCACUCUGUUGUCUAUAUCGCUCUCUGUCUCUGCGUCAGUGAUUCUCUUGCGGUCUCAUUUCUCCACUCUCCAGUAA